UGAUUUGAUGACAGAAAUCUGUCAGCUGAAGAAAGAGGUGAAGUUACUGGAGACAAAACUCAGAGAGAGAGACCAACUCAACAGAAAGAUUUUUUACAAAGCUCAUGGCUCUGAAAAGUGAGGUGUGCUAUGAUUGGCCAGUUAACCAGUGCCUAGUGAUUGGUCAAAUACUGCAAGCGUGUGACGGAAAUGUAACGCCUCUUACCAUAUUUGGAACAUCAGGUUCCUCUUCAAUUGUACUGACAGAUCUUCUGCUUUCUGUCUGUAAUGAAGAGCAGAAGACAUCAGUGAAGCUGCUGGACUGUGAGAUGGAGCUGAAAACACAAAUCAAAGAAGCAGAAGUACAGACAGAAAAAGGCGAUUUGAUUCAUUCAGAUCUGAUGAAGGUGAAAACAGAAAUUACAGAAUCAGGACAACAAACAGAAGGAUUUGAUAUGAUUUAUCCAGACCUGAUGGAGGUGAAGGAGGAAAGAUUGGAACCAAAUGAAAUAGAGGAACACCACCAAUUCUUACCUAUAGAAGAAUCUCUGAGCUGCUGGAAGACUGUGAAUAAUUUCUCAUUAAAGAAAUCUCAGAGAGCAGCAGACAAAGGUUCACGUACCUGCCCUCAGUGUGGAAAGAGCUUCACUCGUAUAUCUGAUCUUAACAAGCACAUGAGAAGUCACACUGGAGAACGGCCUUACACGUGUGAACAGUGUGGAAAGACCUACAUUUACAAACACCACCUCAACAGGCACAUGCAAAUGCACAUCGGAGAAAGAUCUUUUAAAUGUGACCAGUGUGGAAAGACCUUUGUUCGUAAAGACAACCUUAAUGUGCACAAGGAAGUUCAUACAAAGCCUUACAGGUGUGACCUGUGUGGAAAGAGCUUCUUGUAUCAACGCAUCCUUCAAGCUCACAUGAGACGUCACCCAGAAGUGAGACCUUUCGGCUGCUCCUCAUGUGGACAGAGUUUUAAAGAAUUAAAUCAUCUUGAGACUCACCGGAAGAAGUGCUGCAAAGAGAGCAAAGUUCAUCUACAUGAAACUCUUCAGAUCAGAAGAUCCCUGAGAUCUUCAGCAGUAACUUGUUCAAAUGACUAGUGAGGGAGUUUGUUUUUGACCUUCACUGAAUGUUUCUUAUGUUACAAUUCAGAAAAAACUUUUGUAGGACUGUUAAUUCAGCAAUGUUAAUAUUUUAUCAGCGUUUUGAAUUUCUUUAAUUUAUCCGUGGGUUCCUGAUAAAGGUCUGCAGAGGCCAGUAAAUGAUCGGUUUGUGCAGUUUUGUGAGCUUGUAAAGUUGAAGCGUUUGUGUUUACUGAUGAUCAAAGUGUUUUGAGGAGAUACAACUUAUCUGAUUCACAGUCUGAAAUCAAACCUGUUAUUACACACUGAGACACUUUAAGCAUUUGCCAGGUUAGUGGAUCCUAAUAUUUAAAUAGUAAAAGUUUAAUUUGAGGCAUUUAGAAGCAAGUGAACUGGAUUUCCUGUGGCUCAGUGGUUGGAGCAUGUCGCUAGCAAUGCCAAGGUCAUGGCUUCGAUCCCAGGGAUUGCACAUACUCGGAUACAAAUGUUUAGUAUCAUGCAAUGUAAGUCGCUUUGGAUUAAAGCGUCUGCCAAAUGCGUAAAUGUAAAUGUACAUUUUCAUAAGAAGAGAUAUUUAUGAACUAUGUCAAAAUUUGUAGGUAUUACUCUGUAUGUUUCUGUGUGUUCUUUAAUUACUUGCCAGGAGAUGCCCACAAUUUUCUGUGAAUAAUCAGUUUGAAAACUCUUUACGCACCUAGUCUGUAAACGCCACAUGUUUCAGCUCCAUCAGAUGUGCAUACAAUGAAUGAAUGUGUUUGGGGUGCAGGUGUUUCAACAUUUAUGAGGUUGAGAUCAAGACUGUUCUCAGAAUGCUCCAAUACAACUGACAUUUGACUUUACCACACUCGUCUUAGAUAUGUGUCAAAAUGUCCUUCUUUUAACUACUGUGCUCAACAAAACAGCGUAUAAAUAUUGUUUUUAUGGAACAAUGUGGCUAGAUUUCGCUUCAGAUGGGUAAGCAAAGAUCACUAAAAACAUGAGUGAUUUCUCUUUUAUUCAUUUUUAGUCCAUUAUAAAAAGACAUUUUUAAAUCCAAAUGUACAAUAAACAGAAAAACAAAAGCUAAACAAGAUUGGUAGACAUUUAAAAUAAACAGGAGUCAGCGCUUUACUGGUUUGUUCAGCUUCUUUUCUAUUAGACAUUAAAUUCCUGUUUGCAUUAAACCAUUGCAGUCUCAUUAGCUCGGUAAAAAAACAAGAUGCAACAG